AUGGGCGAGAUCAGCCAAGACGCUGUGGAGAGGUACCUGCAGGAGAACCCUGCCUUUGCCAAGGAGUUCUUCGACAAGAAGCUGCGGGUGGAGGUGCUGGGGGAGGGCUUCAGGAGCAGCCAGCCGGGGGCCCCGGAGCCGGCCCUGUGCCUGGAGCUGCUGGGCUGCCUGCAGGAGGAGGCGCGCGGCGAGUGGGCUGCGCACAGGGCCCUGCAGAGGCUGGCCCAGCUGCUGCGCGCCGACCGCUGCAGCCUGUUCGCGUGCCGGGCCCGCAACGGCGCACCCGAGGUGGCCUCGCUGCUGCUGGACAUCACCCCCACCUCCACGUUUGAGGACAACCUCGUAGCCCCUGACAGAGAAGUCGUGUUUCCACUGGACAUUGGGAUAGUUGGCUGGGUUGCCCACACGAAGAAAGCCUUUAAUAUCCCGGAUGUACAAAAGAAUAGCCAUUUUUCUGACUUCAUGGACAAACAAACUGGAUAUGUUACCAGGAACUUGCUGGCAAGCCCGAUCAUGAUGGGCAAGGAGGUUCUUGCCGUGGCCAUGGCAGUGAACAAAGUCAGUGCCCCUGAGUUUUCCAAACAGGACGAGGAGGUCUUUGCCAAGUACCUCAGCUUUGUCUCUGUCUUCCUGAGGCUUCAGCACACCAGUUACCUCUACAGCGUGGAGUCCCGGAGAAGCCAGAUUCUUAUGUGGUCAGCCAAUAAAGUGUUUGAAGAGCUCACAGAUGUUGAGCGGCAGUUUCACAAAGCCCUGUACACAGUUAGGACGUAUCUGAACUGUGAACGAUACUCCAUUGGACUGCUGGACAUGACCAAGGAGAAGGAAUUCUAUGAUGAGUGGCCAAUCAAGCUUGGAGAAGUAGAGCCUUAUAAAGGACCUAAGACCCCGGAUGGCAGGGAAAUCAUCUUUUAUAAAGUUAUUGAUUACAUUUUACAUGGAAAAGAAGAGAUCAAAGUGAUUCCGACCCCUCCUGCAGACCACUGGACACUCGUUAGUGGAUUACCAACAUAUGUGGCUGAAAAUGGAUUUAUAUGUAACAUGCUGAACGCCCCUGCAGAUGAAUAUUUCUCAUUCCAGAAAGGACCUGUAGAUGAAACUGGCUGGGUCAUUAAAAACGUCUUGUCUCUACCUAUUGUCAAUAAGAAAGAGGACAUUGUGGGAGUCGCUACAUUUUAUAACAGGAAGGAUGGGAAACCCUUCGAUGAGCAUGAUGAGCAUAUUACUGAGACUCUCACUCAAUUUCUUGGAUGGUCUCUUUUAAAUACUGACACCUAUGAGAGAGUGAACAAACUAGAGAACAGAAAGGACAUUGCUCUGGAAAUGCUCAUGAGCCAUGCAAAAGCCACCCCUGAUGAAAUCAAGUCUAUUUUGAAAUUUAAAGAGAAGUUAAAUGUAGAUGUAAUUGAGGACUGUGAAGAAAAACAGCUUCUCACAAUUUUGAAAGAGGACUUGCCAGACCCAAAGGCCACAGACCUGUAUGCAUUCUGCUUCAGUGACUUUCCUAUUACAGAGCACGAGCUGGUCAAAUGUGGGCUACGACUGUUUUUUGAGAUAAACGUGGUGGAGAAAUUCAAAGUACCAGUAGAGGUUCUUACCCGAUGGAUGUACACAGUGCGGAAAGGGUACCGCUCUGUCACUUACCACAACUGGAGGCAUGGUUUCAACGUGGGGCAGACCAUGUUCACUUUGCUGAUGACAGGACGACUGAAGAAAUACUAUACAGACCUUGAAGCUUUUGCCAUGCUCGCUGCUGCCUUCUGCCAUGACAUUGACCACAGAGGCACCAAUAACUUGUACCAAAUGAAAUCCACAUCUCCACUGGCAAGACUUCACGGGACUUCCAUUCUAGAGAGGCACCACUUGGAAUAUAGUAAGACCCUCCUGCAGGAUGAGAGUUUAAACAUCUUCCAGAACCUAAAUAAGCGGCAAUUUGAAACGGUUAUUCAUUUGUUUGAAGUCGCAAUAAUAGCAACUGACCUGGCAUUGUAUUUCAAGAAGAGAACCAUGUUUCAAAAAAUUGUUGAUGCCUGUGAACAAAUGCAAAGCGAGGAAGAAGCCAUCAAAUACAUAACUUGUGAUCCAACUAAAAAGGAGAUUAUCAUGGCAAUGAUGAUGACUGCAUGUGACCUGUCGGCCAUAACCAAGCCCUGGGAGGUUCAAAGUCAGGUGGCCCUUCUGGUAGCAAAUGAAUUUUGGGAACAAGGAGAUCUGGAGCGAACAGUACUGCAACAGCAACCUAUUCCUAUGAUGGACAGAAGCAAAAGAGAUGAACUACCUAAACUUCAAGUUGGAUUUAUUGAUUUUGUUUGCACUUUUGUAUAUAAGGAGUUCUCACGGUUUCACAAAGAAAUCACACCUAUGCUAAACGGCCUUCAGAAUAACCGAGUGGAAUGGAAAUCCCUGGCUGAUGAGUACGAUGCAAAGGUGAAAGCGAUGGAAGAGGAGGCAAAAGCCCAGGAAGGAGGAGCCAACACAGCUGGAAAAGCUGCCGAAGAUGUACGAAGAAGUAAUGAUGACAAAAAGUCCAAAACAUGCUCAAUACUGUGAUAUAAUCCAGCUCAUCUACAUUUCAAAUGUCAUUUUAGUUCCUACGAAAACAAAACAGCUGGGUGUGGUGAUGCACGCCUUGAAUCCCAGUACCCAGAAGGCAGAUCACUAUGAGUUCAAGGAUAGCCUGAGACUACAUAGUGAAUUUCAGGUCAGCCUGGGCCAGAGCAAGACCCCACUUCAAAAAAACAAAACAAAACAAAACAAAACAAAACAAAAACCCAGAAAGAAGAACACAUUCACAAGAACUUCAGCAAAUUUCAUCUGGCAACCUAUGCAGUGAGUAGGAGGAUCUUCUGAGAAGCUACCCCUGACUUCCAAGACCUUAGCUAGAAAAUUCUACAAAAGGACAAAACAUGUGAAUUUUUAUGUCUGCUUUUGCAGUGAGCACAGGUUAACGCAGAGACACACAUCUGACAAGGGUGCUGAGAAUGAGUGACUAUGGUUUGA